CCGAAGCAAAUCACCGAAAUCAAGCAAUUCAUCGAGUUCGCGCGGAUGAAGGAUGCCAGAGCGGUGCGCAUCAAGCGUAACGAAAAUGGGACGAAGCUCAAGCUGCGGCGCUCGAGAUUCUUGUACACACUUCACAUUAAAGAUGACGAGAAGGCCGACAAGCUGAAGCAGAGCCUACCUCCUGGUACGUGUUAUUAG